AUGAACAAGGCCUUUAUGACGAAUCGCGGUACAGCUUACAUUGUCUAUUACGAUGCUGCCGAUGCCGAAGCUGCUAUCUCACACAUGCACGAAGCUCAACUGGAUGGUGUCGUACUGAACGUCUCAAUUGUCCUCCCGCGACGAAACUUCUCUCUGUCCCCACCACCAGCAUCCAACAGAGGUGCGGGUGGACGUGCGCGCUUCGGGAAUCGAAACCGAGCGGACUCACCACCGCGCAGACAUGGACGCGGGCGGCCAGGAGAUCGACGGGACACAUAUCGACCUCCAUCACUAUCUCGAUCCAGAUCGCCAGUGCGCGCACGGUCUUACUCCCGGUCUCGAUCACCUCCACGCCGGGGAAGCCGUCGGGCAGAUAGUCCGCGAUCGCGUCGACGCAGGGGCUCCAGCUAUAGCAGCUAUGGUAGUCGGAGCCGGAGCCGGAGCCGGAGCCGGAGCCGCAGUCCAGUGAGAAGUCGAAGCCGCGGUCGUCGGUAA